AACUAUUAAAAAAAUCUUGGUAAAAAUCUAAAUAUCUAGAGUGGACUCAUAAAACUCGUUUAUGUUGUAAAAACUACCAUUUAACAGCAGAUAUCUGAUUUUACUUUUGAAUUUGAUUAAAUUAACUAGUUCCUUAAUAUCAUCUGGUAAUUUAUUAGAAAGUUUUAUGCCGACAAUACAAAAUUUUUGUGAAAAAAUUCCGUCCUAUGCUGUGGCCCUUGUAGGAGGAUUUUUUAUUCUUGCUUCUUGUGUUGUGCUCCGGAACCGUAGCUACAGUGUUCGCUAUGAUACGCUUUUAUUUAAAGGUUUUUAAAUGAUGAGCUACAAGAGGUGAUUCCACGGUGGCUUCAAAAGCGGUCCAAAAUUUGAGAUUUUUAUUACGUGCAGAUAGUGAAGUCAGGGACCUUAAAGCAUGCGCAGUCAUGGUAAUGCGUUUCAGCGGAGAGUCACUGUCAAAUUUAAUGACCGCUGAUUGAAAUCUUACGAUUAAGAGCCCUAUUCUUGAACGCGUGACUACCGUGUGAGUGAUUUUGCUAAGUAUAUAAAGAUUCAUUCAAGAAAUUAAAAUGGACGAACUGGUUAUGUUGGAUUUGCUGGACGCCGAAGAGGAAGCAGAAGAAGUUGUCCGUGUUCAAAGACCCCGGGCUGACGCAAUUGCCAUUCUUAGCGAUGUCCAGUUUAAAAACAUGUUUCGUUUUCCCAAGGAACUGUUUAGGAUUAUUGUGGAGGUGUUGUCCCCCCAUAUGAGACCAACAAAUCGAGCUUCAGAUUUGGAGAUUCCCAUUCGUAUAUUGAUUGCAUUACGCUUUUUUGCUUCGGGAUCUUAUCAGAUGGAUGUAGGCUCCAACUUGUUCAUGUCUGUCUCCCAACCGACUGUAAGUCGAUGCAUCAGUGAAGUGAGCGAUGCUUUCAAUGUCCCAGCGAUUUUCAAUCGAUUUGUAAGAUUCCCUCAUAACUUCGAGGAACUGGACCGAGUACGAAUGGGUUUUUUCGAAAAGUACAACUUCCCUGGUGUUGUCGGCUGUAUAGAUUGUACUCACGUGGCAAUUGUGGCGCCCCCCGCGGAAGAUCCCGAUCGACCAGGACACUUGUACAUAAAUCGCAAAGGAUUUCAUUCGAUAAACGUUCAGCUCAUUUGCGAUUCAAAUCUUAAGAUAUUGAACGUAAAAGCAUCUCAUCCUGGAAGUACCCACGAUGCAUUCAUUUGGAAUAAUUCUAAUGUCCAAGAGGUAAUGCGUACCAUCCAUGCAGAGAGACGAGGAACCUAUUUUUUACUUGGAGAUAGUGGCUAUCCUUUACGGCCUUGGCUUUUAACACCUUUGGAAGUUGAACCUGAAGAGGGUACACCAGAACACAAUUACAACUGUGCCCAUAAACGCGCAAGGGCUUCCAUAGAGCGCUGCAAUGGUGUUUUGAAAAGCAGGUUCCGGUGUCUUUUGAAACAUCGAGUUUUACAUUAUUCCCCUCAUAGGGCAGCUCUAAUUAUAAAUUCGUGUGUAGUUUUGCAUAAUAUUUGUAUGGAGCGCAAUUUGGUGGAGGAUCUGGAUGAGUUUGAUAAUCAGGACAUUAAUGACGGUGAGACUUUACAUUACUCCGGACUGCACUGAUUGCUGGCCGAUUCAUAAAUAAUUAAUUUGUUAAAAGUCGUUUGAGAGAGCAAUUAUGUUUAAUUAAUAUUUUCAUAAAAAUCUGGCAUAUUUUUCACAAUGUAAAUGUGAAUGAAUUGCUAUAGGCUUGACAAUAUUUCAUAAAACAGAAUUCGUGAAAUCUUAUCAAACUAGACCUUGAAUAUUUUGGUAUGCUACAUUUGUGGUUAACCUCUGUACGAAUCACUCACAUUUAAUAUAGAUCAAUGCUUGUAUAGUUAUUUUCUAGUUUAGCUUAUUACUUAUCGUCAUAAUCACUAGAGCUGGCGUGUGAUUAUAUAAGAAAUUCUGUAUAAAAUAGGUUCUCACCUACUGAAAUACAUGUGUUGAUGUACAUUUCAAAUGUGCACAAUAGAAUAAUCAUAAACUAGUAGACACAAUCACUACAGACCGACGAAAGGGUAUUUUCUCAGGAAGGAAGUGACUAGUCCAAAAAAUCUUUUGUCGAUCUGGUCUUGAAGCAGUGCUACACUGUAUAAGAAAAAAAUCACGAAGAAAAAGCUUAAAACGGAGGAGUAGUAGUGGCCCAGAUGGACCAAGUGCAGGCAACAGCUUUAAUUUUCUUUUAGGAAAAUGCACUGAAAAAUUUAUUAGCCGCUCCCCAGCACUUGUAAUUAUACAACUAGAAAAUUUAUAUCAUUAUGUAAUUAUCAAUAAAAAUCGUUUGUCGUUAUAUUUUACAUAUUACCAUUAGUUGGAGCUAUAUUUAAGUUUUUUUAAUUCUAGCAAUUGUGUAUUAAUAAUGAGUUGCUGUUCCAUUAAAACAGUUUGUUGCCGUAAGUGCUCAAUUUUU